AUGGCGGCGGAGGUGGCGCGGCGUGGGUCCUUCUCGGACUCCGGCUCGGACUCGGAGGAUUCCUCGCUCUCGGACUCGGAGCUCCAGGAGGCCUUCGCGAGGGGCGCGCUGAAGCCGGGGCUCAACGUGGUGCUGGAGGAGCGGCCGAAGCGGCGCAAUGACACGGACGGCCUGAAGCAGUGCCUGGCCGAAUUCAGGCAGCAGCUCGCGUGGGUGGAAAGGCUGGAUGUGACUCUGGGCCCGGUCGCGGAUCCCGUUUCUCAGAGCGCUUCUACGUCUGAUGCUGUUGACCCUGAGAAUGAUUUCCAGAGAGAAAUGAGUUUCUAUCGGCAGGCACAGGCAGCUGUCCUGGAAGCCCUCCCAAGGCUGCGUAAGCUCCAGGUUCCUACCAGGAGGCCGGAUGAUUACUUUGCAGAGAUGGCCAAAUCCGACCAACAGAUGCAGAAGAUUCGACAGAAACUUAAGAGUAAACAGGAAGCAAUGGAAAGGUCUGAGAAAGCAAAACAACUCCGAGCAAUGAGAAAAUAUGGCAAGAAGGUGCAAGUUGAGAUUCUUCAGAGGAGACAAAAGGAGAAGAAAAAUAUGUUGAAUGCAGUCAAGAAAUAUCAGAAAGGUCUCUCUGACAAGCUGGACUUUCUGGAUGAAGAGCAGACGUCAUCUCAAGGGAAUAAAAAAGGCAAUGCAAGUCAACGGACAAAGAAGGGACCAAAUGCCAAAAGACGAUACAAAAAUCAGAAGUUUGGUUUUGGUGGGAAGAAGAAGGGCUCAAAGUGGAACACAAAGGAGAGUUAUAAUGACGUAUCCAGCUUCCAGUCAAAAGUGGCUCACAACAAAGGCCCAGGAAAAGGAGGAAGAGGAGGAAAAGGAGGGAAAAAAGCCCUUAAUAAGAGACCUGGAAAGAGAGCAAGGCAGAAAAUGAAGAACCGAGCCCGCUAAGAGAACUGUGCUCCCCAGUGGGGUUCCUGUGUUUCUUUGUGUUGCAAGAUGUGUUUCUGCUGUCAUCAAGCAGCUAACUGUGGAGCAAGCUGGAUGCCUUGCAGUGGCAAGGAAAAGUCAGUGGAAACCAGUGCCUUAUCACUAAAUUUUUCCCACUGUCUGUUUUGUUUAAGGGUUGUUUUCUACUUAAACCUCUGGUGUGUGAACGCAUUAAAUGGUUUGCACAGAA